AUGGUUCGAUCCGCUGCGGAGGAGGAGGGGAAGGAUGCCGGCACGGGCUCCGGCAACUGGCCACGCAGCCGCCGCUACGCCGUGGGGGAUGAGGUGGAGGUCCUCUUCACCGGACCGGGCUUCCGCGGCGCGCGCUUCGAGGCCACCGUCACCGCGCGCCUCCCGGGCUCCGGUCGCUACAAGGUACUCUACUGCGAACUCGUCCGCCGCGGCGGCCCCCCGCUGCGGGAGGUCGUGGCAGCCUCCAAUGUACGGCCGAGACCGCCGCCGCCGGGGCGCGAGUUGGAGCUGUUCGAUCUCGUCGAGGCGUACCACAGCGACGGAUGGUGGCCGGGCGUCGUGUCCGACAUCCGGCCCCAGCGGAGGCGGAACCAGGCGACACAGUUUGCCGUGUCGCUCCCGCUGUUCCGCGAGGUAGUGGUGCUCUCGGCCUCGUUUGUGCGGCCCAGGCGGGAGUUCGUGUACGGAAGCUGGAUCGACGCGCAGGAAGUGCUGCGAGGGAUACCACAUUAUGCAGAAGGAAGCCGCAUAGAAGUGAUGUGUGAUAAACAGGGCAGAGUUUGGAGGCCGGCUAUUAUUAAGAAGAUGGUCGGCAGUACCAACUAUGUUGUUAGCUACGGAAAUGGGGAGAGCUCCAUUGAGGUCCUCCACACAAGGUUCAUUCGGCCAGAACCCAUCUAUGACAAAAUGAAGUUGGAGUAUGAAUUGAAGCCCUCGGCAGAGGUGGAAGUAUAUCAUGAUGGCAUCUGGUCACUAGGUGUCAUUGCAGAUGUUGGCAGCUGUGAACCUAGAAGAUAUAGAGUAAAGGUCAAAGAGCAUAGCAACGCAUAUGGAAAUGACUACAUGAUUGUGUCAAGUGCGUCCUUGAGACCCAAGGCCAAAUGGGACAGUCCGGAAUGGAGGAUACCUUCUACCAAGAAAUAUGCCAGGAAAAGAAAUUAUUCAGAUUCUGAUUCUGACUAUUCAUCAGAUUCUGGCUAUUCACCAGAGUUCUCCACACCUGGUGGAAACAGUGAUCAGUAUAGUUCAAUCCCUAACAAAAGGGUGAGGAAAGAAAAUGCUCAAAUGGAAGAGGUGCACUUGAGACACUCUUUAAAUCUCAGGCAAGAUACAGACAGCUCAUCAUUAAAGGAUGUUAUGGAUAUGGAAAUACCUUCUGAAAAGCAUGUAUCUAGGGUGAAGAAACUAGAGAGAGAACGGGCGGGUUUAGGGUUUGGGGUUGUAAAGGGGCAAGAGCAAAUACUGGAAGCCAAUGCAGUGAAGUUAAUCUGUACACCGUGUGAUGGAAAAGGGAGGCACUCCUUGCCAAAGGCACUUGCUAGUAAGAGAAAGGACCUUUCUGUUUCUUCACUGGAUGAUGUUAUUGAAAUUGAUAGCAAGUACAACUUUGGUGAUGUUGUUGUGAUAAGUGAUGACUCUAGCCAUGGAAGUUUUAUUGAAAUCAGCGACGAUUCUAGUUAUAACCCAAUCAAAAUGCAAAGUGAAGGCGAAAACCAGGAAAUGUGCCCAAAAAUUACAGAGGUGAACAGCUGGGUGGUUGGUACUUCCAUUGAAGGAGCAGCCAAUCAGAAGACUGUCAACCAAUCAUAUGGUGGAGCCUUCCCAAUUGGGAAACUAGAACCAUCUUCGUCUAGACUACGGGAUAUUGAAGUCAGUCUCUUGUGCAUUGAAGCACCUAACGAUAACAAGAUAGAUACAGAAAACAAAAAAACAGGCAUUUCACCUGAGGAGGCGGAAGCCUUCCUAAUCGGAAAAUUAGAACGACCUUCAUCUGGACAAAAGGGUGUCAAGGCUGACCUUGUUUGUAUUGAAGCCCGUAACGAUAACAAAGUGGAGAUAAAAAACCAAAGAAUGGGUAUGUCUCUUGUGUCAGCAGAAGGUUUUCACCUGGAAACCUGUAGGAACUCAGCCAAGGAUAUUGCAAUUGUAUCAUAUACUGAAUGCAAUGCAUCAUCACAACAACCUUGGGGUCAACCUCUAGAACCUGUUUCCAAGAAAUCAUCAGGACCAUCUUCAUUGCUUCAUCCUGGUCUGAUGGUGGAUACAUCAGCAUUCAUGCCACUGGCAGUGCCUAACAGCAGCAAUCUUUCUCCAGUGUUCUCUACAACUUCCUUGCUGCUGAUGCCUAAAAACAAAAUGGAGGUCUUUGAGAAGCUACCACAGAAUCCACACUUCCGUAAGGUGUGGAAUUGUCCUCCAGAACUUCGUGGAGGAAGAGCCAUAGGACUUAUGGUCUCUUUUGCAGACAUGGCCGAAAGCAUCAAGAACAUGCGAAUUCAGGAUGAACCACGACUUUAUGAAGAGAAGAUGAGCAUCCUAUUGGAUAUGGAGGAAGAGAACGGGUUUGAAGCUGGCCCCCUGAAGGUCUGCCUCCAUAACCUGCUUUGUACAAGGACUUGCCAGAUUAAUCUCAAGAGCAGGAAAGUAAGAUUAGAGAAGGAGAUAUUUGAGAUAGAAGCAAUAAACUGUGGAUGUGAGCAGCGACUCAAGGUGCUUGACAUGUGCAUCAUGGGGAUGGAAGAGAAGAAAUACCAAGAGAUGAAAGCUUCACUUGGCAUGCAAAAAACAGAAAAUUGCUCAUCUAUUUCAAAGCUCCAAGUCGAUUUGUGUCAAGUUGAGGAGUCACUCAAGUAUGCUGAAGCCGUUUUUGGCAGCAUUGCUACUGCACCGUGGCAAUCAGAUGCUGCACCUUUGCUACAGUAA